AUGCUCAGGUCCUCCGAACUCCGCUACACAGCAAACACGCAGCUAGAACAUCUCCAUGCGCGGUAUACUGGGACGGGUCAUGCCGAUAUCACCAAAUAUGACUGGAUAACACAUCAGCAUCGUGACACCUACGCGUCAAUCGUCGGACAUCCGCCGUUACUGUCUUACCUUGCUUUGGCGGAUGGAGAGGCGACAGGACGGAUCAAAUUCGAGAUGGCUGAGAAAAUGCUGCAACCGUGCGGGCCGCCCCCUCAGAAGGAGGAAGAUUAA